AUGAAACGAAUACUUUUGCCAUUUGCUAUCACUCUGUCUCUCCCUCUUGUAUCUUCGUAUCAAUUAUAUCGGAAUCCACAACGAACAGAUGUUUUAACUGAAAAUUUUAUUAAACAAUUUAAUGAUCAUUCAGAAGAAUUUAAUAACACUCAAAUUGAGUCAAUUAAACAUUUUAAUCAAAAUAAUAUUGAACGUACGCAAGGUGGUGGAUCUGGACAUGCCAAUGUGUCAUUUGUGGCAUCUACAUCAUCUCUAAAUAAGAAACAAUAUUUAAAUAUUUCUUUUGGAGCUAAUUUAACACACUUUAUUUGGAUGUAUAAUCAUGUAAAAGUCUGUUCAAAUGAUAAUUCAUCAAAAAUUAUGGAAAUUAAUGUGAAAAAUUUUAAACCAUUCGAUGAUACUUUCCAUUCAUCGAAUGGAUAUUAUGCUCAUCAAUUAUGUUGCUUAAUUCCUGUUUUGCAUUUCACUUGGAUUUUAGGAAAAGUUUUUAUCAGAAAGUAA